AGGGAACUAGCUGUCCUGUUGAGUACGGAGAGGACAGGAACUGUGGUUGGCUUUGGUCACACGAAGACCUUUGGGAGGAGCACUGGGGUCAGGCCAGGUGUGUUGAGUAGAAAGGAAGUGAGUAGAAGAGGAGGCGGCAGGGCCUGAGAAGCGCAGGGCGAGCGGCCCGUCCGGGAAGCCGAGGAGGGUCAGGUGAGGGCUCACACGUCCCGGGUCCUGGUCCCCGUGCACCAGCAGUGGGCCCCUGCCUUGGGCCUGCAUCAGGAGCCUCUGAGCGGAAUCCCUAGAGAUCCGCACUGGGGAGGGCUGGAUUGGGCGCCCCCGCCCCCCGCAGUGGUCUUCAGUAGCUCUCUGAGCUCUGUCUCCCUCUCUCCUUGGAGGGCUCGCUUUCCGCUCUUGCAGUCACCCAGCCCUGUGCUCCCCACUCCCUGCCCCAUCUCUCUGAGUCCGGGGCGCCUAAGGAAGAGCACUGUGCACCUGGCUUUCCUCAGAGGGCCCUUCCGCCCUUCCCAGAGCUGAGAGCGGGACUUGGUCUGCACCGGUGGCUUUGCUCUGGAAGGUUCCUUGGUGUGUUUGGCCUCCGGAGAAGUCCGAGGUCUUAUUUCAGAAUAUUUGGGUAGCUGGGACCUUGACCUCCCCGCAGUGCUUGGCCGUGCGGUGGGGUCGGGGUGCGGGUUAGAAUGUGUUUGGCUUAUUGGGGAGACAGUGUAGGGUUGGGGACAGCCUAAGCUCUAAUGCUCCUGUUGAAUGAGUGACACCCAGAUAUUUGAGUCUUUGGGUUCCCCAGUGGUUUUGUUAAAUGCUUUCUCUGUACCUGGUUAACCAGUGUUUUUACACCUGUUAUCUUCCGAGGAUAGUGUAUUUCCUCAUUUUGUACCUGAAGAAACUGAGCUUCAGGAAAGUGGAAGAACUUGCCCAAAGUCCCACAGUUGCUAAGGAACACAACUAGAAUUGCCACUCAGCCCCGCAGCCCUCCCAAUCACGCCACUCCUGACUGACUGAUUAACCCUAUAGAUGAGGAGGUGAUGGUGGGUGUAAGGGGCCUGGUCCCCCACUGCCCCUCAGGAAUAGUGGCCAUGUGCUCUGCUGGGGCUGCAAGGCAUGCCUCCUGCCUCCUAGCCCCUGUUUCCUCCAGUGCUCGUCUCUCCCCCUUCCCCCCUCCCCCUCCCCCAGCACACACACCAGUUGCUUUAGGCUCCAGGAAGAUGGAAAGAGGCAGACCUUGAACUUGAUCAAGCUCUGGGGACCCUUGGGGCCCAGGGAGCCCACAGCUUCUGGGAGGCUCUUUAUGCCGCAGGGCUUGCACGGCUGCUAAACUUGGCAAUAUGGAAAGCCAGCUCAGCUGCAGCAAGUCCCCUGGGAGACACCUGAGGAGGCGAGGGCCCGCCCCUCACUAGGGAGUGGGGAGACUGAGGUCCAGAGCUGCCUGGGUGGGGCUGGGCUCUACCUGGAGAGGUGAUGCCUUAUGCUGCCUCCUGACAGGCCAUGUGGUUUUGCGCCCUUGCACCCUCUCCCUACCCAGCAGACCCCAGUUAGCCUGGGGGGUGGGGUGGGCCAGAGUCAGGCUGUUUUUAUGUUGCAAAGAAUUCAGGCUACAGCCCAGCCUUUCUCAACCUUUAUGGCCUUAUGACCUGGAUGCUUCUGGAGGACGGUGGGCAUCUGGGACAUGCUAGAGGGCGGUCUUGCCUGGUAGUCACCGAGGGUCCCAGUUGGACCCCCUCUUUACAGAGAUAGACUGCGGCCCAGAGAAAGAUGUGACUUUUCCAGGGUCACUACCCAGGAAGCUAGUUUCCCACUUUGUGUCUCCCAGCAUAUCCUGGGGCAGCGUCCUUCACCGUAGCUAAACCUGCCGGUCUUUAUUAAGUGCUCACUGGAAGCCAGGCUUUGUUCUGUAACUCAUUGACUCCUCACAGCAAGCCCGUGAGGCUGAGUACUAUUAUUAUUGCAGAGAGCGAAACAGUCCCAGAGAGGUGACAUGACUUGUCCAAGAACAAAAGGUCGCAAGUGGCACAGUCCAGAUUUGAACAGUCUGGCUUCAGAGCUCAUGUUCUUAACCACCAGGCUACACGGCUUCAGACUUACUUGACUGCCAGGCUCCAAAGAAGCGUACUGAGGGUGGUAAACCCUUGGAUGACCUGGGCCCUGCAGAGUUAGGUCUGAGGACUCCGCCUGGCCUUGGCCUUUCUGAUAGGAUGGCUGUACAGCACCUAUGGGCUGCCCAACCACUCCUGGUGCCCGGAAAUGACCCAUCUUUCUUGCAGGGCUUGCUAGCCCAGGUACUGAGGCCCAGGCCGUCACGUCUCUCCUUUCCUCUCCCCUGCCCACCCUUGGAGCCUAGGGGCCCCAGGAGAGCCCCCAUCCCUGCAGCCCCGCCUCUUCCCUUCCUUUGGACCUUGGUCUGCUUGCCUGAACCCUGAGGUUGGAAGGACGGCUCCCUUACCUGCCCCCUCUGACUGUAGAGCCUGUUUGGGAAGGGACGAGGGCCUGGCUGUUGGAUGCCCCACUCCUGCAGGGGCUGCGGACCCCCUCUUUUCUCCUCCCUCUCCUUGCCUUUCCUGUGCCUCAUGAUUUCCAAUCUUCUCAUCUGUGAGAAGGGGGAAAGAGUAGAACCCGCCUCACAAGGUUUUGAGGCCUAGACUGAAAGCCCAGUGUUUGGGCACCUGCGACAAAUGAUUCCUCCUCCUCACCUGCGUAUUUGAAGGCAAGAUGCUAGUCGAUAUGGAACGGGAGGGGCCUCUAGAGGGAGCAGGUGGGAGAAGAAUCCUGGCUUUGGCUGACCUCACGUGGCUGGGCCCUGGCUGGGCCGCCCUGUGCCAUCCUGGGCGAGUCAGGAGCCUCUGCCCGCCGCAUCUUCCUCCUCCGUAAGAUGAGUCCAGCUGCUGCCUGUCUUGUGGUGUGGUUGUGAGGAGUAAUGAGAUGCUGCUGUGAAGUGCUGAGUGCUGUGCCGGCCCGUUGUGAGUGCUUAAAAACUCUGCCCUUCCCACUCUUAUUCUUGAGCUGUAGCCUCCUUGUUUUGGGGUUUUGGGGGUGCUUCAGAUGAAAUUCGGAUUUUUACUAUCGUGCGUUUUGUCUAAAAUCUUCCCAAGGCCUCUAAUCUGAUCAUGACUUUUGAGGGAUUUUUGGGUUUUUGCUGUCUUGUUUCCUGUACAGAAAAAGAGAGGUGUGUCUUUAAGUCCCCAGCAACCCAAGUGGGACACUGGCCCUUUAAAAGCACAUUACUGAGAGUUGGAACUUAGCCUUUGUUUGACUAGCUAUGAUCAGUCCCAGCGGACAGGGCUGGAAUGGUAUGUCUAAGACCAGAGCAGGGCCGGACUGGCUGGGCCCGGUGGGGGACAGCGGGCAGCGGGGUGGCUGGCCUGGGCCUGGAGAGCCUGGUGGCCGCGCUGAGGGAUGGUCCCAUCUGAUGCCGAGGCUGAAGGAGUCUCGCUCGCACGAGUCCCUGCUCAGCCCCAGCAGCGCGGUGGAGGCGCUGGACCUCAGCAUGGAGGAGGAGGUGGUCAUCAAGCCAGUGCACAGCAGCAUCCUGGGCCAGGACUACUGCUUCGAGGUGACGACGUCGUCGGGAAGCAAGUGCUUCUCCUGCCGGUCAGCGGCCGAGCGGGAUAAGUGGAUGGAGAACCUGCGGCGAGCGGUGCAUCCCAACAAGGACAACAGCCGGCGCGUGGAGCACAUCCUGAAGCUGUGGGUGAUCGAGGCCAAGGACCUGCCUGCCAAGAAGAAGUACCUGUGCGAGCUCUGCCUGGACGACGUGCUGUACGCACGCACCACGGGCAAGCUCAAGACUGACAACGUCUUUUGGGGCGAGCACUUCGAGUUCCACAACCUGCCGCCCCUGCGCACCGUCACCGUCCACCUGUACCGCGAGACAGACAAGAAGAAGAAGAAGGAACGCAACAGCUACCUGGGCCUGGUGAGCCUGCCCGCCGCCUCCGUGGCCGGGCGGCAGUUCGUGGAGAAGUGGUACCCGGUGGUGACGCCCAACCCCAAGAGCGGCAAGGGCCCUGGGCCCAUGAUCCGCAUCAAGGCACGCUACCAGACCAUCACCAUCCUGCCCAUGGAGAUGUACAAGGAGUUUGCCGAGCACAUCACCAACCACUACCUGGGGCUCUGCGCCGCCCUCGAGCCCAUCCUCAGUGCCAAGACCAAGGAGGAGAUGGCAUCGGCCCUGGUGCACAUCCUGCAGAGCACGGGCAAGGUGAAGGACUUCCUGACAGACCUGAUGAUGUCGGAGGUGGACCGCUGUGGAGACGAGCACCUCAUCUUCCGGGAGAACACGCUGGCCACCAAGGCCAUCGAGGAGUACCUCAAGCUGGUGGGCCAGAAGUACCUGCAGGAUGCACUGGGGGAGUUCAUCAAAGCGCUGUAUGAAUCGGAUGAGAACUGUGAAGUGGACCCGAGUAAGUGCUCAGCCGCUGACCUCCCCGAGCACCAGGGCAACCUCAAGAUGUGCUGCGAGCUGGCCUUCUGCAAGAUCAUCAACUCCUACUGUGUCUUCCCGCGGGAGCUGAAGGAGGUGUUCGCCUCGUGGCGGCAAGAGUGCAGCAGCCGUGGCCGGCCGGACAUCAGCGAGCGGCUCAUCAGCGCCUCCCUGUUCCUGCGCUUCCUCUGCCCAGCCAUCAUGUCGCCCUCACUCUUCAACCUGCUGCAGGAGUACCCCGAUGACCGCACCGCCCGCACACUCACCCUCAUCGCCAAGGUCACCCAGAACCUGGCCAACUUCGCCAAGUUUGGCAGCAAGGAGGAGUACAUGUCGUUCAUGAACCAGUUCCUGGAGCACGAGUGGACCAACAUGCAGCGCUUCCUGCUGGAGAUCUCCAACCCCGAGACCAUCUCCAACACGGCCGGCUUCGAGGGCUACAUCGACCUGGGCCGCGAGCUCUCCAGCCUGCACUCGCUGCUCUGGGAGGCCGUCAGCCAGCUGGAGCAGAGCAUCGUAUCCAAACUGGGGCCUCUGCCUCGAAUCCUGAGGGACGUGCACACGGCACUGAGUGCCCCAGGCAGUGGGCAGCUUGCGGGGACCAACGACUUGGCCUCUACGCCUGGCUCUGGCAGCAGCAGCAUCUCAGCGGGGCUGCAGAAGAUGGUGAUCGAGAACGACAUCUCCGGUCUGAUAGAUUUCACCCGGUUACCGUCUCCAACCCCCGAAAACAAGGACUUGUUUUUUGUCACAAGGUCCUCCGGGGUCCAGCCCUCACCUGCCCGCAGCUCGAGUUACUCGGAAGCCAACGAGCCUGAUCUUCAGAUGGCCAACGGUGGCAAGAGCCUGUCCAUGGUGGACCUCCAGGACGCCCGCACGCUGGACGGGGAGGCGGGCUCCCCGGCGGGCCCCGACGCCCUCGCUGUCGACGGGCAGGCACCUGCAGCUCAGCUGGUGGCCGGGUGGCCGGCCCGGGUGGCCCCAGUGAGCCUGGCAGGGCUGGCCACGGUGCGGCGGGCAGGCCAGACGCCGAGCACAGCGGGCACCUCGGAGGGCGCACCGGGCCGGCCCCAGCUAUUGGCGCCGCUCUCCUUCCAGAACCCUGUGUACCAGAUGGCGGCCGGCCUGCCGCUGUCUCCCCGUGGCCUUGGCGACUCUGGCUCCGAGGGCCACAGCUCCUUGAGCUCCCACAGCAACAGCGAGGAGCUGGCAGCUGCCGCCAAGCUGGGAAGCUUCAGCAGCACCGCCGGGGAGCUGGCGCGGCGCCAGGUGUCGCUGACUGAGAAGGGCGGGCAGCCCCCGGGGCCGCGGCAGAACAGCGCCGGCCCCCAGCGGAGGAUCGACCAGCCGCCGCCCCCACCCCCGCCGCCGCCUCCCGCGCCCCGCGGCCGGACGCCACCCACCCUGCUGAGCACCCUGCAGUACCCGCGGCCCUCGAGCGGGACCCUGGCGUCGGCCUCGCCCGACUGGGCUGGCCCCGGAGCCCGGCUGCGGCAACAGUCCUCCUCCUCCAAGGGCGACAGCCCCGAGCUGAAGCCUCGUGCGGUGCACAAGCAGGGCCCUUCACCCGUGAGCCCCAAUGCCCUGGACCGCACGGCCGCCUGGCUCUUGACCAUGAACGCGCAGUUGUUAGAAGACGAGGGCCUGGGCCCAGACCCCCCCCACAGGGAUAGGCUCAGGAGUAAGGAAGAGCUCAGCCAAGCAGAAAAGCAGGACCUGGCAGUGCUGCAGGACAAGCUGCGAAUGUCCACCAAGAAGCUGGAGGAGUAUGAGACCCUGUUCAAGUGCCAGGAGGAGACCACCCAGAAGCUGGUGCUGGAGUAUCAGGCGCGGCUGGAGGAGGGCGAGGAGCGGCUGCGACGGCAGCAGGAGGACAAGGACAUCCAGAUGAAGGGCAUCAUCAGCAGGUUGAUGUCAGUGGAGGAGGAGCUGAAGAAGGACCACGCGGAGAUGCAAGCAGCUGUAGACUCCAAACAGAAGAUCAUUGAUGCCCAGGAGAAGCGCAUCGCCUCACUGGAUGCUGCCAACGCCCGCCUCAUGAGCGCCCUGACACAGCUGAAAGAGAGGUACAGCAUGCAAGCCCGUAACGGCAUCUCCCCCACCAACCCCACCAAAUUGCAGAUUACUGAGAACGGCGAGUUCAGAAACAGCAGCAGUUGUUAACCUGCCCGAGGAGGGAGGACCAUGGUGGCCCAGGGCAGGGUCUCGGCCUGGGGAGGAGCGGCCCCAGCGCAGGGGCAAGAGGCCGAGGCUUGGCGCCUCCCUCCAGCCGCGGUCCAGGAGGCGGCCGCAGAGGGAGCCGCGAGAGACUGACGCAGCGCGCCGGGGCACAGCGGCCCGCUCCCCGAGAAGCGCGUUCGGUGCAGGCCCGAGAGACUGCGGGCUGGGGAGCAGGCACAGGGGCUGCGCAAUGUUUCUGUCGGGUGUUGAAUUUGGUGUGCGUCACCUUUCCUCCUUGACCUGGCCGAGUGCAUGUACCCCCAACCCCUCCCCAGGGAGGGAAAUGCCCGGAGAGCUGGAGGGUCGGAGAGCCAGGGGCCUACUCUCGUGGCUUCCCCUCCCCAGGACUGCCAGGCAGCCAGGCCCUGCCCUGUGGGACCUGCCCCUCAGUUCCAGGAGCCGACGGGGCGGUCGGCAGGUGGGGGGUGCGGGGGGGAGGACGGAGCUGCCGGAGCGCCGGGUCCCCCGCCUAUCUCUACCCCGAGCACCUGUCCCUGCAUGCGCGGGGACCCUUCCCGGCUGUGAGGAACCGAGGAGUCACCUGCCCCCAGACCCUCCGCCUUCCCGCUCCCGCCCUCCGUCCUUCCCUCCCUAACUUGUUCUGUCAGGUGGACCCAGCGAGGACCGCAGCUCUCUUCUGGGCCCUUGCGCCCGUGGGAAGAUCCAGGACCUCCCUCACUUGCCACGUGGGCCCAGGCUGAUGCUCUGGGGCUCCCCGAAGACAAAGACCUGGGCAGAGCUGGCCCAGGCGGCACUGCGCGGUGCCGGCCCCUCUCCUGGAGCUAGUGUACCCGGGCACGGUGGCCCUGCAGGGAGUGGCCGGCAGGUGCUCCCCCUGAGAGACAGGCUGAACUUUCCUGAUGGAUGGUUAAAGAAAAGUCUAGCGCCCGCAGGCCCUGAGAAGGUGGAUAACUGUGAUUUUUUUUCCUUUCACAGUAUGCAUUAGAAACAAAAGCCCGCUUGCUCGCUUGCUGGAACACAGGGGCCUUUUAAAUUGAGCGUGCGCACUGCAUGGGAAAUAGCGGCCCUGGAGGAUGUUAGACUUGCUCCCUCUCCAAGACAGCAGCAGCCUGCACCGCCCCGUGUGUGCGGCGGCCUCUGCCUCAGCCCUCCCAGGCCCAGCCGAGGACCAGGCGCUGCAGACAGGGAGGUGCUCACCCGCGGCUGGGGCCGGUUUUCCUCAGCUCUAGGCUGUUCUGUAGCUUAUCGGCCCUCCCCGCCCCCCCUUGCGGGACACAGGUGGGCAGGAGCGUGGGUCUCUCUCGUCCCUCCCUGUUCCCACCCCUGGCCCUGGGGAAUCUCAGGCAGGAGCUGGGGCGUUCACCCCGCAGCCAGGAGCCGCCCCAUCUGCCUCAGCCGUGGGAAGCUGGGGAGACCCCUUCCUGUCGCUGGGGCUGGAGACGCUCCACCAGGGCCCAGGUUGCCCCAGAGCCCCCCAGGAAGGGGAGCACGGCGGGGGGCUCGGACCACACUGCGCCCCGUCCUGGGGUGAAACCAGUUAGCCCAGAGACCCGCUUGUGGGGAGAGGGCAGGACCCCCAAGGGUCACAGACCUCAGGAAGGCAGGUCAUGGGGGCGGAGGCCUUGCCUCACUCCUCUGGCCACAAAGGCAGGGCCUGGCCCCGUGACGUCCUCCUCUGGUUCCCUCUCACCCCCCACCCCCGGCCCCGCCGAUGCCUCAUUGAGCGACCUCGGACUGAGCGCCUCUUAGCAAUACAGGGGGGAAGUUCCCAGGGCCUGGACAGCCGGGCUCAGGAGGCCAGCAGUGGCCGGUGCUGGCGGCCCCUGGCCUGGGUUGGGAGCUCUCAGGCCGAGAGCCUUAUUUACUUAGUGCAAAAACUGUAAAAGUGUACAGACUCUUCCCAGAUUUUUAUCUGAAUUGCAAGUCUGACGAUUUUUGUAAAUGUUCUUGGUGUUUGACUGUAAUGUAACUAUUUCACCUAAUGGUUGUACAUAGUCCUUUAGUCCUGGUGCUGCCGAGGGCUGCCCGGGACCGCUGCUCUCCGACGGUUUUUAUUUUAUUUUUAAUCUAGAGAACAGUGCUGGGCAGGAGGCAGAGGUUGUGGAUUUGGGUGAUGGGGUUUUUCCCUGCCCGUGGCAUUUUAUCUGUCGGCUGUGCAGCGUGCUCUCUGGGUGGUGGGGACGUGCGACCUGCCUGGGUCACACUGAACCCGCGUCCCUGAGAGAGGAGGAAGGAAGGCAUUCCCUGCUCGGGGAGACCCAGGCCCAGCCCUGCUGGAGAAGGCUCUCCCCUCCCCUCUCCUGCCAACACAGGGAGGCCUGACAUUUUGCUUAACGUUUAUGUUUAGGGUGAAGGAAAUGGUCAAACUUCCUGUAAGUGGAGACUCUUUCCGCCUGCCCCGAAUGGGGGUGGGGAACCAGGGCCAGAGCUCCAGGCACCCACCCCCACUCCCACCCCGCAGAGCAUCUGCCCCAGGGUACACCUCUCCCCCUCCCGCCCCGGCCGUCUGCGGAAGGCAGACCGUCCAGGGAAACAGCCCCUCUUUUCUACACACUCCCCCAAGCCGCCCCCAACCCCCAUUCCACCUCCCUGCCCCCCCUUUUGUAAGUAUGUGAAAAGGAAAAAAUGCAAAUGUUGGCGUCUUGGCUGGAGCGCCUCCCUCCAGUUGUGACUCUAACUAUGUAAUAAUGUACAGAGAAAGUUGUUGGUGUUCUAAGACUGUGUGGCUGUGCAAUUUCUGUACAUUUGCAAUUAGAAAUAUUAAAGAUUUAUUUAGCUAUUUUAA